UUGUGACCGUCGAUCUGCUCACGCCUCCACGCGGCAGAAAUCCAGCGCGGGUCCUCCCGGUGAGGACUUUGGGGCUCGUCCCCACCAGGGCACAGGCACAGCACACCAGGCCGCGCCGUCCCGGCGUCCCCCGUCUUGCCGAGUCUGCCAUGGCGCGAAACCGUGAUGGCCAAGGAAGAGCGAGCGCGACCCAGCGGCAGCGGACGCGGCAACAGAAAUACCCAGCGGGCAGGCUCCAUCCUCCCCUCCGCCUGAAAGAUCAGACGUUCCCCUGGAUCCAAUCCAAGAAGAAGAUGGGACGCGCUGCUGGCAUUGAUCGAGUGAUCCGGCCCCGACUACGAUACCAGUUCGAUAUGCUGUGUAAAAAGUUCCGGAGACUCCCCCGUCCCCCGACGCCGCGCGCCAUUGCCACUGCAAGAACUCUCCGCCCACUCUCGGUUCCCUCGGGCCUCAGCGCGCUCGGAUUGAAGCCGCCGCUCCCGCUCAUGGCGGCGGCGGCCGGCGAGCGCCCGGCGCCCCUGGUAACCAGCUCCUGCUCUCCCGCGGCGGCGGCGGCGGCGGCCGGCAUGAAGCGGGCAGGAUACGAGUUCGGGAGCAUCUACAACUACGAGAAGCUCGAGGCGCUCGGGGAGGGCACCUACGGCGUCGUGUUCAAGGCCCGGGACCAGCGCACGGGCGAGACGGUGGCCGUCAAGUGGAUCCGCCCCGGCGACGGCGGCGCGCCUGACCUCCCCGCGGUCUACCGCGAGGCGGGCUGCCUUGAGGCGUGCCGGGGCCACCCCUCGAUCGUGCAGAUGAAGGAGGUCGCCGCCGACGAGAUCAACGGGGACGUGUUCAUCGUCAUGGAGUUCGUGGGGCCCAGCCUCCAGAGCCGCCUCACGCGGGCCUUCUCCGGCGCCGAGACCCGCGCGGCGAUGCGCCAGCUCCUGCGCGGCGCCGAGAAGCUGCACGGCGCGGGCACGGUCCACCGCGACAUCAAGCCGGACAACAUCCUCGUCGGCCCCGGCGGCGCGCUGAAGAUCUGCGACCUCGGGAUGGCGGUGCCGGCGGGGCCCGCGGGCGAGCCGUACCCGGAGGAGACCGUGGCCGCGCUCUGGUACCGCGCGCCGGAGCUGCUGAGCGGGGGCCGGAACUACGGCCCCGCCGUCGACAUGUGGGCGCUGGGGUGCGUGAUGACGGAGCUGCUCGUCGGCGAGCCCCUGUUCAGGGACGCGGAGACGGAGGACGACGUCCUCCACAGGGCGCGCGACCUCGAGUACGCCAUGGAGUCAACGGACCUGGCGUUCGAGGGCCUGCCGGAGCUGUCGGAGGCCGGGCGCGAGGUCCUGCGUGGCCUGCUGUGCCUCGCGCCAGAGAAGAGGCUCACCGCGGCGGAGGCGCUCGGCCACCGGUGGUUCGACGAGGAGGACGCGCCCCUGUCCCCUGCUCUUUGUUCUCAGCCGGAUCAGUGUGGUUCUCUCAUCAAUUUCAUCUAG